AGGAACCAAAAUGGCAGCAUCAACACCUUCCUUGUCCUUGCAGUUACUUUUGACUGUCUUAAUAGUUCUUACUUUGGCUUCUGUAGCAACAUCAACUCCAUUAAGAUAUCAUGAACGUCAUUUCCACUCUAAUUCAAAAGAAACCAAACUUUUGAGCUCAAAAAAUGCAAGUUUGCAUGAAUCUGCUAGCUGCAAGAAUGUCACUUGCAAACUGAACUUUAAACCAGAGGACGUGGAUCGAUUUCGGACGAAAAUAUUUGACGACGAAGCUCUUGCUGUAUUUUUGGUCGUAACAAUUAGUAAUAGCACCGCAGUUAAAGAAAAAUCUUACGCAAAUGUUGAGGAAGGCGGAAAGAUUGUCCCGUUUUCACUUCAGCUGAAGGAAAAGUGGUCGUGGAUUCGGAACACGAGGGCCAAGUUCCUUGCGACAUUACCAUAUGAUCUCGAUAUUCUAUCACUAACGACGCUAACAAAAGAUGCUUAUAACUUAAUUGUUGCUGUGAACUCCACUCCAGAGGACUGUUACGCUAAUCUUACCAAAGGGUGUUUGAAGGGUCAAAUCGCCGAGGGAUUGAUUUCCAUGACAAAGGAAACGGGACAAGUUUGCUACAAAGUAGAUUCGCGUGUUGACUCAACUGGAAAGUUUUAUGGAUACAAGUGUUGUCAUUUGGAUGAGAAUGGCAUGGCUCACUGCGACAUUCCAUUAAAUGCCAACUUGUGGGUUCAAUAUGCAUUGAAAAUAUUAUGGGAUCUCUCAUUUGCAUUUGGGGUGUUUUCUCCUCUACUGUUGAAGUACCUGCCCAAAGAGUUCCAGAGACGAGGGAAGCCUAAGUCCCGUCAAAUGCGAAGAUCAGAAUCUCUUGCUUCGACCUCAUAUGACAGUCUGGAAUCUUCGGUAAUUGUUGCUUCCAAAAUUUUGAUUUCCAAAGGUGAUGGGUUUCUGGACAUUGCAAGAAGUAGGACCCAGUCUACGGCAUGUUCCAGAUUUGGCCGUUGUUUAUUUGUAAUACUUCUAAGCUUAUUUCCCAUUCUACAAACUUUACUUUAUGUGUUUUUGAAGGAGUCUGAGGUUGGGGUGUCUAAUGAACUGUUAGGCCUUGGAACUGCUGUCCUUACUCUCUUCGAUCCAUCAGGGAAGUAUGCCCUUCUAGGGUUGUAUUGCUUCUGCAUUGUACUUGUGGCUAUUGCGAUGGCAAUCCCCAAGACUUUAUCAGAGCUUGCAAGACGGCUAUCAGGAAAAAGAGACGAGCAGUCAUUUUUGGGCUUCGAAAAACCAAAUGAACUGAUUUGCCAUUCAGACAAGCGAGGAUUUCAGCUGAUGUAUGAAAAUAUGAUUUUUCAUUUAAAYUGCCUCAUGACUCUGUCAUUCUGGAAGUUURCCUGGUCUGUUUUAAUCCACCCACUUCAUCUUCUGUGCCAUUGCAAYACAGUGGAGGAGGAUGGACUCCUUGACGAAAAGAAGGAAGAGUACGACGAGGAGGCACCAUUGAGUCKAUGUGCCCAAAUUGUACGYGGUAUACUACUUUUACUGGUCUUUCCACUAUGGAUUGUUUUCAUGGUUAGUGCCUUUAUCCUGUACAUUCUACCAGUGACUUAUGUGGCUUUCAGGAUWUGGAAAAUGCUGUUYAAAAUGGAAGUAGAAUGCUCGUGCUGUGAGGGGAUUCCCACGUCAAUCAAAAUCCUCUCAUUACCCAUUUUAUAUAUUCUCUUCAUUGCCUUCUGUGUGUGCGUGGAAGCCUCGUAUUUCAUGCUGGUGUUCGUAAUAAGUUCGAAUCUUGUCUUUCUUGGCAGCGUCAUUGGGUUCACMACCAUGGGUGUKCUGUUUUACAUAGAUGCUUWCAUCUCAUAUGUAGUUGUYGUAAUACUUGGRCUGUAUUACAUAAUUAGAGCUUUUCAUGAGCUAAAAGUUGCAUUCAAACGAGUCAAGGUGAUCAUCUUUGAUCAAUGUGAAGAACAYGAUMAARACCUCAAGACUGAAGCAAGCAUACGUGACACAUUUGCUGGUCAAACGCCCAUGGAAAGAAGUGGCUCAACCAGUUCUCUGCAAAAAUUGUCCAAGUCAAUGGCRCUGGUCACACUUUCUGAUGAGAAAAAAGUCCCKAGUAUUCCGCUGAAACUUUUCCUUUCUGCWCAGAAUGAAGUUUUCCCMUUCAAGAGAGUUGUAAUUUCCAAGAUUUUGAAGCUGUUGGUAAUCUAUGUCUAUCUUGUCKUAGUGUUUUCAUUYGUGAUGUCUUUAGUGGAGUAUAAGGCUGCAGACUCAUUAGUCCAGGCAAUUGCMAUACUUCUCCUUGGCGCAGUUCCAUAUUUUAUGCAGGGAAAUCCUCAAGAAAUACCAGARAAGGAGGAGAAAUGGAUCAAGUUUCACGUUAAAGAACAAAUUAAUAAGUACUGYAAAAGAUUUGCGUAAAAURUACUCAAAUGUGGAUUGGUUACUGGAUAAAGAUUGAGAGAUAAUUUGGUAUGAUAAAARAAUUUUUAUAAACUUUUUGGUAGGUGUUUUUUUAAUAAAAUAUUAUUAUAACUUACAGUUAAAGUAUUUGAGAUAAACAGUUAAUUAAACUAGAAAAUAGCAGCAAUGUAAAGCAAUAGGUAUUAAAAAUGAAUAAUAAAUAAAAAAUUGU